CCGAGAAGCACCUAGAAUGUUUAUCCUAUACAGAUAAAUUUUAUAAAUAACUUUGCUGAUAUUUACAAAAUCUAGUAUAAUUAUUGUUUUGUCGAUGCAACAGCUAAUUGCAACGGAUUUGGUUUCUUAUUUUAAUUUCCCGCAUCAUCCAAUCUCAGGUUUUUGUUUUCGUCAAUAUGAAGGGGCGGGGAAGUGUUUUGAUUUGGUUUUUGGUUCUAACCGUCGCUGUUCUGAUCGCAUCGUAUAUAAGACCCUUUGACCGCAUAUCUAGAUGGUUUACGUCGGGAAGAUCGGUGGACAUAGAUGUGGAAAGAUUAAAGGAGAUGAUGAAAUCAAAGGACCUUAAAUUGAUAGAUGUUCGAGAACCUGACGAGUUGGAACAAACGGGGAAGAUCCCUUAUGCUGUUAAUAUUCCACUCGGCGAAGUCGAGGAUGCCUUCAAACUGGAUGAGAAAAGUUUCUUAGAGAAGUACAAUAUCAAGAAGCCGAAUGUGGCAGACAAAAAUGUAGUCUUCAGUUGUAGAAGUGGCGUCAGAAGUAUGCGGGCUCUCAAAAUCGUUCAGGAUUUGGGUUAUGAGAAUCCUCUCAAUCUUGUUGGUGGAUACAAUGCAUGGGCCAAACAAAAUGCAGGGGGGUAGGGUGUUAUUGACUAAAGUAAUUUUCCUUACCAAAUAUCAAAUAUGUAACAAUGUACAACAAUAAUAUCGUAAUGUACAUUUAUUUACAGUCCAAACAAUUUGUAUUAUUUUCCGUUCACUACAAAACGUUUUUUAGUCUUCAACAUAACAUUAUUUUGUUUUGGUGAAUAUUUUAUUUUUGACUUCUUACAAAUGAGUUGUUUUUGGAUGAUUUCGAGAUAUGGGUGUACACUGUUAAAACUUGUUGUAAGGUAACAACAUUUGACUUUGCUUUUGCAGAGAUGUGAUGUUAUUUUUACAAAAAUUCUUAAGAAAUGAUUGUAAAUUUGGCACUCAAAGAUCUGAUUUUACUUCACUUAAUCUGUUUCUUUCAAUAAAAUUAAAGACUUCACGCUAACAGUCAAACAGUGCUUUCGGAUAUGUAGUUUUUACGGACUUCGUCGUUUACCGCGGACGAACUUCACUGUCCCAAUUAAGUUAUUCCACAGUUUUCCGUUCUAACUUCUACAUGUGUACAUAUAUAUGAGUAAAAGCUAUUUGAAUCCAUUAAGUAGCUAAUAUCUUGAAAAUUGCUUCAAUUCGUAAAACUAAUAAACACCUAGAAUUAGAGGAAUUCUCAUGCUUUCGUUUGCAACUUUAAUAGUGUGACUCUAUGCUUCAGUCCGUGCAUUGCUCAAACAUAUGCAUAUCAUGUCAAUAUCUUAGUGUAUAGAAGGAUUUGUUAUGCUUACGUCACAUUUUCGGCACUGAUUAACAAUGUGUUCUAUCUUCAUACGUAGAAGUUUAUAAUAAUAUCAUUAGUUUAACUCAAUACAAGCACAAAACUGGCCCUGAGUCUUAUUUUAGAAAUUUUACGUGUUGAAUGUUUCAAAGUCACUCCGAAUGGGCCUUGAAAAUAUGUUUGCACUUAUCAAAAGAUGUAUUAAGAACUUCGCAGGAGUUUGUGUUCCCAUUUAAAUAUCCUUCAAAUAUGAAAGCUAUUGAUUCUGAAAACUCAUUCUAAAUAAUUUAUUCGCUGCUUAUCUAAUUUUCGAUCUUAUAAGUCCAUAUGUAUAGGUUUUGUUUUUGUCCAUUUAAGCACAUUACUAGUCGGAAUUACAUAGGUGCUCGAAUCGACAGUCACCGGAAGCCAACAUUUAAGUGGUAUCAACUGUUUAUCAUAGAAGUUAACUAUCAUUGGUCUUGAUUUUCAUGUAAUUAAGACAAAGGAUUGGCCAAACCUGUAUGUCAUUUCAAGUUAAACAGUUCCUACCCACUUAAAUAAAGGAAGCUCAGAAAGUGAGUGCGGAAGAAUUAAGAACGUUUGAGGCUUGGGAGAGUGUGGAUAACCUUGGUCAUAAUAAUUUGUCAGGCCUGUGAAUAGAAGUGUACUUAACGGCAUUUCGUUAUAGCCAUUUUAUUCACUUGAAGUGUGCAUAUAUAUUACAAUAUUGCUCGAAGUGAAAUGAAGUUCCGAACUCACAGCUCCUUAGUUGAGUAUGCUAAUCACAGCCACUGCUGACCAAAAAAAGUUGUUUAGUUUUGAUUUGAGAAUACUGAUGGAGGUAAAUGAUUCUCACCUUUUCUAAAUUCUGUCGCGACGUCUGGAUUUCAACCUAGACGGUGUACUUACGUAUUUUUUUCAAGUGUACUGUACUGUUUCGGAACACGUUUGUAAUAGUAUCCAGUCAAUACUAGCGAAUAAAGAGGUUGGGUCUGAAAUAAAUGAUGCAAUUACUUAGACUGAUUCUGGUGAUAAACGAAGUCUUUAUAUGUGUUUAACAGACUCCCUCGACCGUUGCUGCUACCUUGAC